AUGGGUUUCCUCGAUAACUCCAGGAAGACCUUAGGGACUCUCGGCAGAAAAGUGGGCAAGCACGCUGCUCCCAUUGCCAACAGUGCCUCGAAGCAUGCGAUGUCGCUCGCCCAAUCCACCUUCAACAACGCCAACCAACGUCUACCUCAACUCCUCAAUGAGAAGCCCCACAAAGACUUCGACUGGAAAUUUAUCGAUGAUUUUGGAGAAGACAUGGCGAAGCGGUUAAGCAGCACAGCAGACGACUUCUGGCAGAAGAUGAACAGUGGUGAUCUUCUCAAAGAUACUGGCCAGAUCACUUUACCCGAGAUUGACUUCAGCCAGGAAGACCUCUCAGGGUUCAGUGAGAGGCUCAAGGAUUGGAUCCUUUUCAAUUCUGAGCUGUUCAACGCCUUGAUGGCCUGUAUCAUAUCUGUCAUCUUGGCCCUUGCCAUCUUCGCCGGCACACCCACAAUGCUCGGGCUCGUGGGCUUUGGACCUCUUGGUGUUGUGAAGGGCUCUUUGGCUGCUGGAUACCAGGCUGUCGCUGGACCCAUCGCUGCACGUAGCGCUUUCGCUAUCCUUACUAGUGCCGGAAUGGGUGGGUAUGGGCUUGGGAUUGUCAAAGCAAUCGCCGUAGGCCCAAGUUGCAUAAUCGCGAUCGGCACGUGCGGUAUCGCAGCCGUAGCGUUUUUGAAGGCGGUGAAGGAAGACGAGCAGUGUCAGAAAGAGAAGACGGAGUAA